AUGGUUGCUGAUACGCUUCUCCAGCUCGCUACCUCUGUGUGCCAGGCAGUCUCCCGUCGUUUGGGCUGGACUGCCUCGUCUGACUUGCUCAGGCUUCCCGAUGAACUGCUCUACCACAUCUGCGUGGACGUUGCCGAGGCGGACAAGCAGGCGAGGAUGCGAGGCGACUGGAGUAGGCAGGUCCCCGUUCCUUGUGAAGCCGGCGCUACUAAACGAUUGCAUGUCGACGCAAAUGACAGUCAGAGCCUCGCUUCGAUGAGCCGCACCUGCCGCCGCCUUCGAGGGCCAGCUCUCCGCGCCCUUCUCGACGACCCGUCUGAACACAUCUUCGAGGGAGUCGAUAAAGCUGCGGCAACUCGUCAAGACUGGGCCCGGCUAUGCGCUCUCGUCGACCUCCUUCGCGCCAAGCCACAUCUCGGACAGUACAUUCAGCACCUCGACGCUCUGGCAGAAAUCGCGUACGCCAAAUUCGCGGAGCUCAAUUCCACCUGGCCGGCCGAGGUAGACGGCGUUCUCGUCCGCUUGCUCGCCAUGAGCCCAAACCUCAAGAGCAUCGACGUCUUCCCGGUCAAGAAGAAGGACGUGGCCAGCAUGAAGUGGCUCGACUACACUCUCCGCCACAUCGUCUUCCCCUUCCUGUCGUACAGGAAGAUACCGUCGAGGGUGCGGAUCUCGAUCGAGAACUUCCAGUGGCAUGGGCGAAUUCUCGCCCAUCACCGACACGCGGCCGUCGUCGGCAACACCUCGCUUUCCAUCACUGAAGGCGGUCUUGACGACGCCGACUCAUGGCGGCACCUUCCCCUCUCCUGCCCCAAGCUCCAACACCUCACCCUUGCACCGCCUGCACUCCCACUCUGCCUCUCAAAAGGCCUCGCCCCCUCAACUCUCCAAUCUCUCACGAUUCGCACGUCAGCUAUGCUCAUGGAGCACGCCGUCAAGGACAGGGACCUGCUCGAAAAGUUCUGGAUCGACCGGUACCAGCCCUUCCUCGCCGCGCUCCACCAACUGCCCGCACUCGAGCGCAUCCAGCUCGAUCUCGCACCUUUCAACGCCGACGUCCUCCGAGCGCUAGGUCACGUUGCGCCGGCUCUGCGUGAGCUCGUCUUCGAUGGUCCAGCCUGGCGAAGCACCGCCGUCCGCGACCCCGAGACCGACGUCGACAUCCUGGACGCCAUCUCCUCCCUCAACAUGCUCCGGCGCGUCGAGCUCCUCACAGUUCCCGACGACGACGAGCCCGACGUCCUACCGGCGACGAAGGCGUACUGCAAGACACGCGGGAUUGGGUUGUUAAUCGUGCCGGAGGCGUUGGAGGACGAGGAGGACGAAUCCGAAGGGGAGGAUUUCGAGGACGACGAGAAGCGGAGUGGAGAUGUCAUGGGAGAGGCUGCAGGCGCGCAGGCGUGA